AUGGAAGAAUUCCAACAAGGUGUCCUUUACUAUCAGGCCCUAGUGGAAAAUGGACUGAUCGAAGGAGAACCUGGUAUGGUUCAAGGGGCAGAUCCAGGUUUAGGACUUGAGGAGUAUGUGGAGACAGACUAUGAGUAUGAGAGAUCCGAUGAGGAGAUGGAAGAAAUAGGGGACAUUAGGGGAGUCUCUAGUGAGCCUCACUCUUCAGAGAUGAUACAGGACCACCCUAUAGCACCAGAGGAUUCCACCAAUCGGAUGCGCUCCUUAGAGGAGGAGGUUGCCACCCUCGAAACCAAAAUAAUCUAUGCACUCUAUGGAUAG